AUGUAUACCAAGACUAUCAAGACCUCUAUUGUAUCACCACUAAAUGAUUCUCAAUCUAUUGAAAUAAUACUGACCAUCCCUGAAGCAAUUGAUCAGCAAAGUAAAAAAAUCCCAGUAUCAAUGGUCUUGUAUCAUAAUGAUAAUUAUAGACCAGAAACCACUGGAAUAGAUCAAGAUAAAGUCAAGCUGAUAUCUUAUCAUUAUGCUGUCCCUUAUACAAAGAACAACGGUAGGACAGAAGUGGUGAGUACUCCUCUACUAGAUACAAACGUGGAUCUGUAUAGAGACUUGACAAGACAAAUAUCCACAUUACUAGUAAAGAAGCUCAAUAUACCUGUAUAUGUAGCUUAUGGAGAGUUAAUAGGCGCACCUGUUUCUCAAUCAGCCAUCCCAAUGGAUCAAUUGUUUAUUCUAAGGAAAUGUAUAGCUUUUGUGGAAGAACAAUUGAAAAAGCAAGCAACACAUUGA